AGUAAACGGAAUUUCAGAUUUUAUACUGUGAAACGUAUUUUUUCUCCUUACUGUAAAGAUAGCUGAUAACAGACACAACGGAGGAUCGACAAGAUUAAACCAGAUGACCGUUUCAUAAUUUACUUACGAGUUUAUUCACAAUCGCACGGCCUACUUCAAGCACGCCCUCCCUUCUCCUCGCCUGCCACUGACGGCGACAGCGAUCCUCUCCGACCCUAUAGAUGGCGCUGAUGGAGUUUUACCCUCAAAUUGCUUUGGGACAGACUAGAUAGUGGUGGUGUCAGCUGGCCGUAUACUACAGGCGGACACGUUUAUUAACAGCAUUAUAUGAGAUGAAUACUGGCUCUGCUUUUCAGGGAGUGGCAGACUUCUGUCCAGAAUGUGGCACAGUUCUUCCUUUACCCGGCUUUGAGAAUGUUGUUAAAUGUCCAAGAUGUCAGUUCUCCAUUGACGUGCGAGAGUUUGAGUCAUUCACUGUCAAGUCUUCAUUCACAUUUAACAGCCUAGAAGCUUCAUCUGUAUCUGCAGAAAUAGUUGGUGGGGAAGAACUGAAGGGCCCUGUUACUGACAGAAAGUGUGCAAGAUGUGGAAAUGAGGGAAUGGUAUACCAUACCCGACAAAUGAGGUCUGCUGAUGAAGGUCAAACAGUUUUCUUCACCUGUACUCGCUGCAGAUAUCAGGAAAAAGAAGAUUCAUGAUGCUUCACUCUUACCAAACUGUCUUCGUCCUUCACACACUUGUGUCAAUAUAAGCAUUCUUAUGAAACCGCUUCUUAGGAUUAUAAAAGUUUAAAAGUUAAAUUGUGUAAUUUACCCAUACUUCCUGAAUAUAAAAAUAUAUGACUUGUUUGUUUUUUUUUAUAUUUAAAUCAGAAUAUUCUUAUUUCAAAUUUAAAACAUGUACAGAAUGUAUAGCAUUCUUUCUCAACAAAGUAGUCAAAGUUGAUGUAGCUUUUUUUUUUUUUUAAUUUCCCUAAAUAAAAUCCAAGAAAUACUGGUUGGGUUCAUAGAGAUUUAUCAUUUUGCAACAUUUUGAAAUAAGUGUCAGGAAAUAAUUCAGGACAGGAGUAAACAUGUUUCUUAAAUACAUGCAUAUCAACUGAAUUAUCUUGUGGAAAAUUAUCCUUUUCCUAUUGCAUGCACUUGCCUUCAGAAUAUAAAGCUGCAGUAAAUUUAAAUUUCAGCUCAUCAGCUCAUGUCAGUAGUGAAUGAAAGAACUGGAAAUAACACUAAAUGGGGUGGAGAAAUGGGAUGAGGUAGUUUAGGUAUGGAAAGAGAAAAAUAAAGUGACUGGGUGAACAAAUAGUAUUGUUAAAUAAGUGGAGGAAGUUAGGCAAUAUGGAAGACAAUAUGGAUGCAGGUGAUGUUAGUUAUCCAGAGAAAUGUACCUUUUCUAAUAAAGACAGCCAAGACCACAGAAAGUGGUGGGAAAUUAGUACUUGAAGUGGUUUCAGGAUAUAGUAACAUGAUUUUUCUUUUAAAUUAAAACAUUGUACUAUCAUGUGAAAUAUGAAAAUAGUUCUGGUACUACUUAUAGACAUAGGGUUUUUAUAGACUUUUUAUGUCUGCCUGAAGAAUUACUGGCAAUGAACAAAAUCAUUGAAGUAUUAAUGUCAGGUUAUUUUUAACAUUAGAUCGUUCCUUUGGGAAGUAUAGUCAAUAAAUGUACUACCAAGGGUUUAUUGAAAGGUUAGAGUGCUUCAGUGAGGAGCCAGAACAGUGCUGUGGUUUAUACAGGUGAAAAGAACAGGCUUGUAUACAACAACCAUUUUCUUGCCCACUUAUCAAUUUCAGUGUUGUGUGGAACUGCUGCCCUUCCUUGCAGUAUUUACAAGGUAGGAAAUAACUCUGAAAGGGGUACCACUCCAUCAGGCGGCAUACUCAUACGUAUUCCCACAGAUUUUAAAACAUCCAAUAAUAGUGUGAUGAAGUUCCAAUUUGGUAACUUGAAAAGCCAUUUAACAUCAAUAAUAGAGUGUAGGAAAAGAUAUCUUCAGAAUACUCUCCUUAGAAACAGAUUUUCAAAGAAAAAAAUCUGAAACUGUCAAAAAAGAAAAAUGGUUAAAAUAAACAAAUGUUUGGUAUCUCCCAUAAGUCCAAUGUCUCCGUCUAUUGCCCAUUUUAACAUUUUUUCUUCAAUGAUGCGGAUGACACUUGUAUUUGGUAUGUAGUAUGUAAGGAAGCAGAAAACUUAACCUUAAAAACUCUGGUAUACUUUAUCGGCCCUGGUUAGAUUCAGUUUUCAUGCUUCUCUCAAAACAAUAGUGGACAUCUUUACCAGAAAUAUUCAGUUUCUUAUCACAUGACACAGCUUUCAUUUCACAAAACACCAAUAGAGAUAUUUUACAAGAAGCAUAUUUUGUUUUGGCCAUUUCUAACCCAGUAUUGAACUUUAGGAAUGUAAGUGCCAUGCAACCCAGAAAAGACUAAUGACUCGUGUUAUUGAACAGAAUAGCCAACGUCAGCUGUGUUAACACAAUUACAAAUGUUUUUUCUAAUCAUUUAAACAUGAUUGAUUAGAGAAUUAAAAUGGUUUGCCAUUAGGACACUGGAAUAAUAAAACAAAUCAAUUAUUUCAAUCAGUAAUAGCCAUUUGCAAUAUUAAUGUCUUGGCUACAUUUUUAAUUUAGUUUAAUGGUUCCUUAAUAAAACAAAAUAUUCUAUUAAAACAUGACAUUUCUGGGUGAUAACAGACUUUUGAAAACUAGUGUGCAUGUUUAUUAUGCAUGAGUGCUCAUCCCUUUGGGCUUAAAAUGUGUGGCUACAAUGACACUAUGGUGAUUUUAAUGGUUUUAGAAGGCAACUCUCGCUUUCAUUUAUUUGUAAAUUAUUUAUUCCUCUUAGCUCGUAUUGGUAUGGGGUUUCCAUAUUGUUUCUGAUUUUCUGCAACUACUCCCAAUUUCCAGUUAUGUCUGAAAAAGCCCUGCAGCAGAGUGGUGUCUCAUACUGCAUUGAUUUUUGCUGUUGCAACAGGCUUGUCCAACCUCCCUUCACCCUGUAUGUAAAAGAGCAUGUUGUCAAACAGUUUUCAUUUUUGUGGGCAUGAAAAAAGAUGUGCAUUUCAUAUCAGAGUCAAUAAUGUGAUAUUGAUUUGUCUUCCAUUAUCUAGUUCCUUCAUUAUGCUCUAAACGCAUUUCUCAUUUUCAAAGUUUCUAACGAAAAAAAUGUAUAGGCGACACAGUCAUUGUUCUCACCCAUUUUAGCAAGCCAUUAAAAUCUCAUCAUAAAUUAACAAUUCAGAGUGUGUAGUAAUUUGUCAUCGUUGCGCUAUUCUAAAAGUGACAGAGUGCUGAUAAUAACUCGCAAAACAAUUUUGCCACAGUACCCUAUUCAAGCCAAGGACUAUCUAGCCGUGGUAGGGACACAAUGUUUCCACAAUACAGCUGGUGGAUAAUACAAGACUAUGGGGGCCGUGUUGAGUUAUGCAUGAAAAGGCCAAUAAGGAAGACUCAAAAAAAUAUAACUGUCAAAAAAGCAAAUGGGUGUCCAGGUACAUACCAUCUUCUAAAAGAGAACUUUUUAUGGUAAAGAACUAUACAUAAUUAUGCCUGUGAUGUUGUAGUGUACGUGACCCACCUGUUUGUAAAAGGGAACUGGAAAGCAGUGAUGAAAUCAUUUAAUAUAAACUCCCUGACGGUACUCUGUUAAAAUCAAAAAGUGCUUAGUGUGACAUAGAAAUGGGUGGACAACACUACACCAAUAUUUUAACUAUCUCACCAAGGAAGAACAGCAGCCAUGCGUGUACACCUACAUGAGAUGCAUAUUUGAUCACAGCCCUUAACCUUUUUGUACCUCAUAUGUGAAAAAAAUCAAGUGUGUACUGACAUUGUAAAGAGCUUUGAGCAUGGGUUAAGAUGAUUGAUACAGGUGUUACUAUAAAUUAUUGGUUAUACACUUGCUAAGCAUAUUCAUAAACCAGAAAAAUGCAAAAGCAUCUCACAUCUGCCCGAUGACACCAGACAUAAAUACUUUUAAAAUUAUUUUUUUCCUUUACUCCUUUUCUAAUACACACAAUGAGGUAACAGCAGACACAAUGAUUUAUGGUAGAACUGGCCAAAACCAUCCUGCAUUUCUCAGUUCACAUAAAUAGCAAAAACUAAGCCAUUCUUAUCCUGUAGUUGCCAUAGUAAGACAUUUUUUACUUGCAUGUCUAACCAACAAAUGACACAACACAACCCUCUCUCGCUUAGAAUCCAUAGGGCAAACACAGGUUAACUCUGAUUCAAUUGAUUGGAGAUUGUUAAACAUAAAGACCAACAAAAAUGCUUUAAUUUAGCAAAAAUGGCAGACAAUAUCCCUGUAUGUGGCAAAGGAAGAGUGGAUGUUCAGAAUAAGAGAACAACAAAGAGAAAGAUCAAGAAGGCAAAACCUGCCUGCUCAAAUUUGGGUUAACUCAAGUGGAUCAUAUCAUAUGCCCUGGUAUCAUGUGCAAAAUACAGUAUUCAUUCAUUACAUUUAUAUAGCACUUUUCUCAGUACUCAAAGCGCUAUCCACACAGGGAGGAACCGGGAAGCGAACCCACAAUCUUCCACAGUCUCCUUACUGCAAAGCAGCAGCACUACCACUGCACCACCUGUGAGGAUGGGAAUAAGGAUUCAUCAGUGUUGGUUGAAUACUGAAGUCUAUCAGAUAAAAUGUGAUUUAGAAUUCCCUCGAUUCUCUUACAGAAGUAUUUGUAAUCAUGUAGGAUGGGAUUGGACUAUCUUGUUAUAAAACCACUGUGAUUUCCAACAAACAUUGUUAGUGUGUCAACUGUAAGAAUCCUAAUGUAUCCUUUAUAACUCAUGUUGGAAAACUACCGUGUACUACAUUAAACAUGGCAAAAAUUGUGCGGAUAUGCAGAUUUUCUUUAGAAUCUAGCAAGUAUUCAUUAAUGUUAUGCUGUACUAUGUCUGCUGGGAUCCGGUCAGCAUCACUGUGUUUAUUUGUUUAAUCCAUAUGAUGAAGUGUAAUAAAAUGAGUUUUUCAUUAUUUUUAA